AUGUAAUAUUAUGGUUAACUAAUAAUUGGGCCUGCAGGAAGUGGAAAAACUUCUUAUUGUAAUAUUUUGCAAGAAGGUUCUUUUAAAAGGAACAUUGAAGUGGUCAAUUUAGACCCUGCUGUUGAUUUUAUUCCAUAUAAAUGUGCAGUUGAUAUUAGAGAAUUAAUAUGUUUGAGUGAUGUGAUGGAAGAACUUGGGUAUGGUCCAAAUGGUGGUUUAGUCUAUUGCAUGGAAUAUUUAUUAUAAAAUUGGAAUUGGAAGUAGGAAUAAUUAAACAAUAUUGCUUAAGAUGACUAUGUUUUAUUUGAUUGUCCAGGUUAAAUAGAAUUAUAUUCACAUAUUGAUAUGAUGAGAAAAUUAACAUAAUUUUUAGUAUAUUCUGGAUUUUCAAUUAGUUCUGUUUAUUUGGUUGACAUUAACUUUAUUGAAGAUGAUGCUAAAUUUUUAUCUGGCCUUUUAAUCGCUUUGUCGGCAUCAAUGACUUUGGAAUUGCCUGCCUUUACUGUACUUUAAAGUGUGACCUUAUUUAAGACAAAAAGAAAUUAAGAGAUAUAUAAAGCUUCAUAAAUUCAACUAAUAAAGUGAGUAUGCAAACUAGUAUGAAUUCUCAAAAUCCUUUAAAAUUUUACUUAAAAGAUAAGUGAGUUGGUUACUAAUAUAGGGAUUGGAAGACUUCUGUAUUUAGAUAUUAGUGAUGAUGAAAGCAUUGACAAUUUAUUAGGAGAAAUUGAUUAUGCAAUCUAAUUUGGAGAUAAUUUAGAACGUGAUGAUAAAUCAUAUGAUCACCCUGAACAAUAAUUAUGA